AUGAACGUGACCGACGGCUGGAACGUCAACACCGUCAACGUGACGGUCGACGAGCUGAUGGAGUGGCGCAAGAGCGCGUACGCGAUCACCGUGCCGGUUUUCAUCACCAUUUGCUUGAUGGUCAUGGUCAGCAACUUGUUCGUGCUACUGCCUCUUAUGUGGGUACGCUACAGUCCGACGGCCACCAUCCGACUGACGGUCAGUCUGGCCAUAUCCGACGUGUGGACGUCGUCCGUGGUCGCGUUUAGCCUCGUCUACAACAGCUACCUGUACGCGGUCUACGAGUUUCCGGUCAGCGCGUGCGUCGCACUGUCCCUGGAAGCGGUCAGAACCGGCGGACUGUUGACUGGAUGUUUGCAUCUGCUGGCGCUGGCCGUCAACCAUUACUUGCUGAUCGCCUAUCCGUUCCUGUACGGCCGGAUUCUGAACCGUCGCAACACGAUCGCCGUCAUCGUGCUGUUGUGGAUUCUUCCGCCGUUGGCGUUCUUCGUCUACUUCUCGUCCAUCAACGACCAAGGCUAUCGGUCACCAAGCGGCGACUGCGACCAGGUGCUGUUUUAUCACCAGCUGGAGUUCCGGCUGGCCAUCUCGCUGCUCAUACUGCUGUUCAUCGUGAUCAUGUCCGUGUUCUACGUAGCGGUGGUGGUGAUCUUGGCCAAAUCCGAGCGCAGGUUCGCUCACAGCAGGGCACACGCGGACGAAAAGCAGCUGCGACGCAAUCGCAGGACCCUGGUCACGACGCUGAUCAUCGUCGGUACCUUCCUGGUCGGCUGGAUGCCGGUCAGCAUGAUCUUCGUACUCACUUGCGAGACGUGCGCCCUGCCGUACUCGGCGACUUCCGCCCACUCGCUGGUCUUCUUCACCAGCGUGCUGGCCAACCUGUGCAUACUGCUUAAGAGCUUGGUGAACCCGAUCGUCUACGCCGUAAGGAUCCCCGAGAUUCAGAACGCGCUUAGGAAAUUUCUUCGUCGCAACGGCACUGCGAAUGACUUUCGUGCCACCACCUGUGCAAACUUGAGCAACCGCCGAGAGGAGGUCACUUUGUUGACGUAG